AUAAAUACUUGAGACACUCCUGGUCACGACCAUCUACAGUAGGAGACAAACAGCUGAUCUGAAGUGAUAGUCUCUUUGAUAACACUGGUUAAACAUUUGAGAUGUUACCAAUUUUAUUCUUCUCUCUCUUCUCUCUGACACCAGCGGCUGCUGAAGUGGGUCUUGGUGGUAAAGUGCUUUUGUUUCCAACCGAGACUAACUCCAGUUAUGUUAAACUCACUCCUGAAAAGCCACUGAGUCUUUCAGCUUUUACUCUCUGCAUGCGUGUCGCGACGGAGCUCCAGGGCGAGAGGGAGAUCAUUCUGUUCGCCUACCGCACACAGGACUAUGACGAGCUCAAUGUGUGGAGAGAGUUAGACGGCCGUUUGUCCUUCUACCUCAGCGGCAGUGGAGCGCUUUUCUACCUGCCUCCUCUCUCCACCUUCCGGACCCAUCUGUGCAUCACCUGGGACUCUGAGACUGGUCUUUCUGCCUUCUGGGUGAAUGGACAUCGCAGCUCAUACCAGCUGUAUAAAAAAGGUCACUCAGUUCGUCCUGGUGGCACCGUCCUGCUCGGUCAAGACCCUGAUAACUACCUGGGUGCCUUUGAAAAGAAGCAGAGCUUUGUAGGAGAAAUUACAGAUGUGAAAAUGUGGGAUCGUGUUCUCUCCGGCAGUCAGAUUAGGGCAGUUCAUUCAAACCAGGAACAGAAUGUGCCGAAGGGAAAUGUGUUCGACUGGAACACCAUCAAAUAUGAGAUUAAAGGAAAUGUGCUAGUGGUGAAAGAUAACUGAUUCUGAUCAAGUGUAAUGUCACACAUUUGUGUCAACCUCUAUAAUCUGUUAAUCUAUUUUAAUGAUUUACAAAGCCAUAAGGGCUAACAAAUAAAUUGUUUUAUCAGCAUUAGCCUA